CAGAUCAUCUGCACAUAAAAUGUUUUGACGUGUCCAUGGUUACAAGGUGUAAACAAACAAUAAAUUGAAAUUUUCCGAACAUUUUGCGUCGUAACAGGCUGUCCUCACGCAUUGCACACGGGAAGGUCUAAAAGCCGAAUUGAUUUGCGAUUUUCUCCAGCAUUACUACGACAAGUAUGGCUCCAAGUACGAACCGAUUAUCGUGAAGAAUUUGUAAAUUGUACGGCCACAAGUUGAAAUAAAAUAUUUAGAACAGAAAAAUGGACGACCUUGAAUACAAGUCGCUGAUACUUUACUAUGGUCGCGAGAAAUUCUAUCAUCUCAUGCAAAAUGCCGCAUUGGAAGCGCUCAGCAAAUUUGCCGGUAACGCUUGCUUUCGCUUGUACAAUGGAUUUUCACUGGUGCUCGGCAAUAGAAUCCAGGAGGGUAUCCGUGAGCUGAAUCCGCUGAUAGUGGAAAAGGACUUUGCAAUGUCAGCCAUAUUGGGACUGAUAUUCGCUCAUAAACGAUGCACCGUUGUUGACAAGGAGGCUUUGGUGGCAUUCGACGCACGGCUGAAAGAUGAACGUAAAAAACUAACGUCCAACUCGGCCUAUUUUGCAUCGGUAUUUUUGCUGUUGAGUGGCAAGCACGAGAAAGCAAAAGAGUAUGCAGAACGGGCAUUGAAGCUGAACGCAGCAUCGACGGAAGCGCUGGUGAUGAAGGGCUGGGCCGAGCUGAGUAUCAACCAAAAAAUGUACUCCGGCAUCUUGGAAUUAUUCGAUUCAGCGUUGACAAAAGGUAAAAACAUUGACGCCAACCUCGGGCAGAUGCGAUAUCAUCAAUUGAACAGCGACUUUGAAGCAGCCAUUUCCGUUCUGAACCGAUUAUCUGUUCGCUAUCCAGAGCUGAAUAUUCCAUUGGUUGAAAAGAUGAAAACUCAAUUGGCCAGCUGGAAUUGGGAACAUGCACUGGAAACGGCACUGAGAAUUUUGACGCUCGAGCCGACAAACAUUGAGGCAUUGCGCGUCAAAGUACUAAUUUUGAUGUGUCGUGACGGAAAGUAUCAGGACGGUUUGGCUUGUUUGAAUACACUGUACAGUUCGGUGGCGAAAGUUGAACCGAGCAAUGGCGAUCUCUACCUUCACAUCGGUCAAUUGUUUUCUCGUAUAUGCGGUCAGCGGAGGGACAUAAUCGAAUUUACAUUCAAAUUUGUUGAGAAGGCUGCUCAGAUGUCACCGGGAAAUGCUGACUAUAUCACAGAGCUUGGAUAUCAUUCGAUACUCUUGGGUCACUAUAAAGAAGCUACCAAGUACUUUAGAUCGGCGACAAAACUUGACGACAGUUCCAUAUACGCUCUGUGCGGCCUAACUAUGUGUCAAUUGGCCGAGUCCGGACCGACUGAGCAAGUAAAUCAACAAAUUGAAUUCCUUAACGAGAUACAAGGAUCGGUCAAAACUCCUCUGCUACUUUACAUGACAGCCAAACUUGUCAAAAACAACUCUGACAAAGCUAUUUCGUAUUUGGUUCAAGCGUGCGAGUAUCAAUUUAAAAACCUUAAGACUCUGUCCUAUGGCGUCGAGUAUCUACGUCGCUUCGAUCCGGAAUUUCUGUUGCAAGUGACCAAUGAACUGAUACAGCAUUCACCGAUUCAACCGACUGUUGCUGUCAACUCUACCGUCUCCAAAGAGACACUCCAUCUGUCCAUCAAACACAGUCUAAAUAUCUUGGAAGCAAUCGUCAAAGCAUGUCCGGGGCUGGUUCAAGCAGUUUAUCAACUCGCUAAAGUGGAAUUUUUAUGCGGAGAGAUGGCUGCAUCGGCGGCAACUUUGCAGAAAAUACUCCAAGACCUGGACCCUACAUACACCGAUGCACAUCUGUUGAUUGCUCAAAUCCACAUUCAACAGCAUCAGUUCCAACGAGCCGCUCAAAGCCUAGAGAUUUGCCUCAGCCACAACUUCAACAUACGCGAUAAUCCAAUGUACCACCUGCUAAGCGGCAUCAUCAAAAAGAGCCAACACCAGUACGAAGAGGCCUUGAAGUGUUACGUGACAACGAUGAAUUUAAGCGGAUUGGAAUCGGCUUCAUCGCCCAGCAAAACAAAAAACUCCGCUAAAGAGAUCCAUCGAUUGAGUUUGUCGGAUAAGGCGACAUUGUAUUUGGAAAUGGUGGAUGUGUAUAUGGUAACGAAUCAAAGUGCAGAGGCGGCAAAAACAAUGCAAAUCGCACUGGAAGAGUUUGUCGGUACGCCGGAAGAAGGCCGACUACUCAUUGCGAGUGCAGAAUUGGCAUUGGGUAAAAAUGAUCUGGCGGUGGCUAUUGAAAUGCUAAAAAAUAUUCAUCCCGGACAGACGUACUAUUUGCAGGCGAAAACAAAACUGGCAAACAUCCUUCUUCAUCACAAAAAGGAUCGGCUGGCAUUCGCUCAAUGUUUUAAAGAGCUGGUCGACAACUGUCCUGGACCAGAGAGUUAUUUGAUGCUUGGAGAUGCUUACAUGUCCAUUCAGGAGCCCGACGAGGCUAUCAGUGCCUUCAAAAAGGCAGUAAAACUUAAUCCCAGCGAUGCGUUGCUAGCCUCUAAACUUGGCCGGGCAUAUGUAAAAACCCAUCAGUAUGUGAAAGCCAUCAAUUAUUACAAUGAAGCGGUGCUGAAUGCAGACCAUUCAUCGCUCAAAUUGGACCUGUCCGAAUUGUAUUUGAAACUGAAGCAAUAUACAAACGCGGAACAGACACUAGUCAGUGAGAUUGAAACAUUGACCAGUGAGAACGAAGAUCUUGUGGCCCUACAAACACGAACCAAACAGUUACUGUUGUUGGCACGAAUCCGUGAACGUUCCGGUCAUUUGAAUUCGUCUCUAUCCACAUUGAAAGAGGCCAGCGAAAAUCAGCUUCGAAUCCAACGACGAAUGGCUCUGGAACAGAGUGGAAGUAUGCAGGAACAGAACAAAAUAUUAUCGAAAAUUUGUGUCCUGAUGGCCGAGCAAUCUAUCGGACUACGUGACCAUCGUCAGGCUAUACAACAUUACAAAGGUGCAUUAAAGGUCAUGCCCGAUGAUUCUAGCGUUAUGAUUGCCUUAGCCCGUUUACAUCUGCACCAUAAUGAGAUCGAUGAGUGCCAGAAAAUUUGCGCAGAUAUUUUGAAACGGGACGAAAGUCAUGAGGGCGCUUCUGUAAUGAUGGCAGACCUAUCAUUUCUCCAAAUGGACUUCGAAAGUGCUGGUUUCCACUUUUCUCAACUUCUUAUCGCGCAACCGACGUACUGGACCGCGCUGGCUCGUUUAAUCGAAGUUAUGCGUCGCAGUGGCACUCUCUCGGAAGUUUUGCCUUUUCUACAACGAGCCGAAGAUGCAACAGCACGAAACUUUAAUGAACCAGGUCUGCUCUACUGCCAAGCCCUCUACGAAUGGUAUACGGGCAAUCCGAACGGCGCCCUGAAAAUAUUCAACCAUUCCCGACUAGAUCCGGAAUGGGGUCAACAGGCAGUAUUCAAUAUGAUCGAGAUCUGCAUCAAUCCGGACGGAGAUCUACCGGCAGAGAUAACUGACAUGAAUGACGAGACUGAUUUUCGUGAAUCUCGAUUGGUUGCUCUGAAAACGGCUGAAAGAUUGAUAACGGAACUGCGCAUUCGGCCAGGUGGUUUGGACAACGAAUCACUGCAUCAAAGAUUGCUGAAGAGUUUUAUUGAUAUGGCCUACCGGUCUAAGAAUUUGGUUGAAAGUUCACUGUUCAAUUUCACUAAAAUAGCAUCACAAGACGAGUACAAAGAACAUCCGGGCCCAAUCCUGGGUAUUGCUACAGCACAUGUAUUACUGAAACAAUCGCAACGGGCUCGCAACUUACUCAAACGAGUGGCGAAGCACGAGUGGAGCUUUGAAAAUGCUGAAUAUUUGGAAAAGUGCUGGUUACUGCUGGGUGAUCUUUACAUCCAAUCGAACAAGACCGACAUAGCCGUGGAAAUAUUGAACAAAGUGCGUCAAUACAAUAAAUCCUGUUGUAAGUGUUACGAACUGCUGGGAAUGAUCGCGGAAAAAGAACCAAAUCACCGAUUGGCUGCAGUGAACUAUGAUCUGGCUUGGCGUAUAAGCGGGAAAAAUAAGGCAGCCAUUGGAUACAAAUUGGCAUACAAUCACAUGAAAAGUAAACGGUACGCGGAUGCGAUUGAUGUAUGCCAGCAGGUGUUAAAAAUGUAUCCCGACUAUCCGUCCAUCAAAAAGGAUAUUUUGGACAAAUCCAGAACGAAUUUACGAUGUUAAGACCUGUUUAUAGGUAGAAGUUGGCUUGACUACAAUGAGGCACAAUGAAAUAAAUGUUUAGAAGUGAA